UGACGGCCAAGCAAUAAUACGAAUUGCAUGGGACUUUUUAUUUUUUCAAUAAUUAAAAAAAAAGAAGAUUUUUCAUUACAAGUAUAUUUGAACAUUAUGUUUCUUUUUUCUAAGGCUGAUCAAUUACAUCUUGUAUUUCCCCCAUGAAAUCUGAAAUACCUGAAAUACAUAAAUUAUCAACCUUGUCAACUUUAUAGAGGUUAUGUUUGACGUUUGGCUUGUUUGAGUUUGCGUCGUGGUUUUGCGAUCAAACUGAGAAAACAAUGUUAAUCCUGUAAAUACUAUUUAAUAAAUAACCUGUUGACAAUUAAUUUGACGAUCUUAAAGUGAUAAUUAUUUAUAAAAUAUUCGAUAGUAUAAAAUUAAAAUGGCCGAGAAACAAAAGGUUUUAAUUUGUGGAGAUGUGGAGGGACAUUUCAAGUUUUUGUUCAACAAAGUUGAAACAAUCAAUAAGAAGAACGGACCAUUUGAUUUUCUCCUCUGCGUAGGAAAUUUUUUUGGAGAAGACAACGUAGAAUUGGAGCCUUUUAAGAGUGGCAUGAAAACAAUUUCGAUACCAACUUAUAUUAUUGGACCGAAUCGUGCGGCUGAUGUGAAAUAUUAUCCGGAUCUCAAUGGUUGUGAAAUAUGUCAAAAUCUCACAUAUCUCGGAAGAAGAGGCCUUUACAAUGCAAGUUCAGGUCUCAAAAUUGCAUAUCUCAGUGGGAUCGAAGAAACCUCUUCCGAAAUGAGAGAUUAUUCCUUUAAUGCAAAAGACGUGACGGAUGUUAGAAACACUUGUUUGAAAGGCCAGCCCAGUUUUCGAGGAGUAGAUAUUUUGUUAACUUCACCCUGGCCUGAGGGAAUUACGAAUUUGGACCCUAAAAAACCGGAUUUUAAUUACAAAGGUUCCAAAUUUAUUUCUUGGUUAGCUACACACAUAAAACCAAGAUAUCACCUUUCUGCGCUAGAAAAUAUUCAUUAUGAUAGACCACCUUACAGAAAUCAAAGUGCAACAGAGGAUAAUAUGGAAAUAGCGACAAGGUUUAUGGCCCUCGCUACCGUGGGAAAUCCACAGAAGCGAAAAUGGCUCUACGCCUUAAAUUUAACACCAGUAGACCGGAGUCGUUUGUCCGAUUUGAUAGUAAAAACAACGGACGAAACUGCCUCUCCUUAUCCAAAAUCCACUCUGAAUCCAGACCCUCUUGGCCUGAAAAUGGAGGUUCAAAAUACCCAAUUUUUCUACGACAUGGACUCUCAGGAUGGAAAAAGAAAGCAAAACAAUACGGACCGGGCGAAUAAACGAGCCAAAUUUGAAUUCGACCAGGCAAAAUGUUGGUUUUGUCUCUCAAGUCCGGAAGUUUCGAAGCACCUGGUUAUUUCCGUUGGCAAUGAAAUUUAUCUCGCCCUCGCGAAAGGUGGCGUUGUCGACGAUCAUUUUCUCAUUCUGCCAGUCACGCAUCACCAGAGCUUGUCAAUUUUGCCCGAAAGUGUCGCGCAUGAGAUGAAACUUUACAAGGAAGCGGUUGGCAAAUAUUACGAGAAAACGGAUCGAGUGCCGGUAUUUUUCGAAAGGAAUUUCAAGAGUUCGCACUGUCAACUUCAAGCCAUUCCGAUUCAUAAAAAUCAAGCGCCUGCUUUGAAAGAAACAUUUCAGGAAAUUGCGGAAUGCAAUAACUUUUCCCUGACGGAAAUUCCUCGCAAUUCGCAAUUACACCAAAUUGCUCAACCAGGAAUGCUUUACUUCUACGUGGAACUGCCGGACGGCGAGAAAAUGUAUUACCGAAUUAAGAAGGAUUUUCCGCUGCAAUUUGGUCGCGAGGUUCUAGUCAGCGACCGGAUUUUGGAUAUGAAUGACCGGGCCGAUUGGCGUGAGUGCCAACUCGACAAGGUCGAGGAAACGGAACUCGCCAUGAAAGUUCGAAAAGCCUUUCAGCCUUUCGAUGUGGAUGUCUAAAACUUCCUCGCUUAAUUGUAAAUACUCAAGAUUCACAGGCAUUUUUAAAGAAUAAAAAGUACGAUGUAUUUUUUAAAUAGAAAA